AUUAUUCAUUCAUCACAAAAAUCCCUUUUAUCUCCUCACAUUCACUCCCAUCUUCCCUACUCUUCAAACCAAAAAACACACACAACACACACUAAUCCAUUUGUAGAAGAAACCAUGGCAUUUGCAGGCACUACCCAGAAAUGCAUGGCAUGUGAGAAGACUGUAUAUCUUGUAGACAAGCUCACUGCAGACAACAGAAUCUUCCACAAGGCUUGCUUUAGAUGCCACCACUGCAAAGGCACUCUCAAGCUAGGGAACUACAACUCCUUUGAGGGAGUUCUCUACUGCAGGCCUCACUUUGAUCAGCUCUUCAAGAGAACUGGCAGCCUCGACAAAAGCUUCGAAGGCACACCUAAAGUUGUGAAGCCGGAGAAGCCUUCGGAUUUUGAGAAACCAAAUGCUGCAAAAGUUUCAAGCAUGUUUGCUGGGACAAGGGAUAAAUGCUUGGCCUGCAAGAACACCGUCUACCCGACUGAGAAGGUGUCGGUGAAUGGGACGUCGUACCACAAGAGUUGCUUCAAGUGCACCCACGGGGGUUGCACAAUUAGCCCCUCGAACUACAUAGCUCAUGAGGGGCGGCUCUACUGCAAGCACCACCACAUCCAACUCAUCAAAGAGAAGGGCAACUUGAGCCAGUUGGAAGGUGAGAAGAACACAAGUGGUGUAGUGUAGAUCAUGAUCCAUCUCAUGUGAUAGUGUUUGAAUUGAGACCACAUUGAUUUUAUAUGUGUUUGUGUGUCUUGUGUUUUUGGUUGUGUUUGAGAAUGAAAUGGAGAUUGGGAAAGCAGUGGGAACUUUGAGAGUGAGGCAUUUUGUGUGUAUGAUGGAUGUUACAUAAAGCUUGGAUGUUGGAAAUAAAAUUACUACAUAAGUAAGCUUUA